AUGGCUCAUUUUGAAAAAGAUGAGGUGCCAAUGCUGUCAGAAACACAUGCUCGACAUCAAUCUGAUGAAGCUGUGGAUUAUAAUUUCCGGAGGCUUGUAUACCGGACACGAAGUGCAACAAUUUCUAUUCCUAUGGUCUCCAUGGAUCCCAAUGAGAGAGAGGCUAGUCUUGUGGGACAUACUGGUCCACUUUGUAGUGUGAGAAAAAUCCCCUUUAAACAGAUGAGUGGUCCACUGUAUGCUACCCAUGGAACUGGAAAUCUUUUGCAUCAGAGUAUUGUUGUGACAGGAAACGAAGUAGCGGAGAGCAAGGAAGAAAAAUUUUCUACUCGAGAAGGCACAAACAAAAGUAAUUGGAAUAACAAAUAUGAUAGAAAAAAUGAACACUUACUGAGGUCUGGGCAACUGGGAAUGUGUAAUGAUCCUUAUUGCACUACUUGCCCUACUUACUUCAAGGCCUCGUCUCUAAGAAAUCCAAUAGCUUCGACUAUAUUUGAUCCCAAGUUCCACAAUGCUCUUGAUGGGGAUGCCAAGGGUUUUGGGGGAAAACUUUUUUCUUUCUGCUCUUCAUAUGUUCCUGGGGUUAUGAACCCUCACACUAAAAUCGUACAACAAUGGAACAAGAUUUUGGCCAUUUUUUGCAUGGUGGCAAUUUUUGUGGAUCCAUUGUUUUUCUUCUUAAUCUAUGUGCAGAAGGAUCAUAAAUGUAUUGUUAUCAACUGGACAUGGACAAAAGUACUUGUUUCACUGAGAAGCAUGACUGAUUUUCUAUAUUUCUUGAACAUUCUUCUCCAGUUUAGGUUGGCUUAUAUUUCCCCCGAGUCAAGGGUGGUUGGUGCUGGAGAUUUAGUUGACGGUCCCUGGGAAAUUGCUUGUAAUUAUAUGAAGGGUUAUUUUUUUUUGGACUUUUUUGUUGUAUUACCUUUUCCGCAGAUAAUGAUAUUGUUGGUCCUUCCAAAUUCCUUCGGGUUAUCAGGAGCAAAUAAUGCUAAGAAUCUUCUGCGUGUACCAAUCCUUGUACAGUAUCUUCCCAGAUUAUUCAGGUUUCUGCCUCUGCUAAUUGGCCAGUCUCCCACUGGAUUCAUAUUUGAGUCAGCCUGGGCAAAUUUCAUUAUAAAUCUUCUCAUUUUUAUGCUAUCUGGUCAUGUUGUUGGUUCUUGCUGGUAUUACCUUGGUCUACUGAGGGUUAAUCGAUGUUUGCAACAUGCCUGGGAUAACCUUAAUAUUACUGGAUGCCAGACAUUCAAUAAGUGUGAUCGUGCGUUUCACCAGAUAUCAGCCCUGUGGAUCAACAACACAGAUGCCAUUGCUUGUUUGAAUUCCACUCCCGAUAAUAAUCCUUAUUAUGGGAUCUAUGUCAAUGCUGUAGAACUUACUAUAGAAACUAAGGUGGUCAAAAAAUAUGUGUAUGCGCUGUUUUGGGGCUUCCAGCAAAUCAGUACUUUGGCUGGUAAUCUAACCCCGAGCAAAUUUGAGUUGGAAGUCCUCUUUACAAUGACCAUCAUAGGAUUGGGACUCUUACUUUUUGCGCUUCUCAUUGGAAACAUACAGAACUUUCUUCAGGCUCUUGGACGGAGGAGGCUAGAAAUGCAACUUAGAGGCCGUGAUGUUGAGCAAUGGAUGAGCCAUCGUCGCUUACCAGUAGAUCUAAGAAGGAGAGUACGACAGGCUGAACGGUAUUCUUGGGCUGCAACAAGGGGGGUGAACGAGGAAAUGCUUCUGGAGAAUUUGCCAGAAGAUCUCCAGACAGACAUAAGACAUCAUCUCUUCAAAUUUGUUAAGAAAGUUCGAAUUUUUGCCCUGAUGGAUGAGCCAAUCUUGGAUGCCAUCUGUGAGAGACUAAAACAAAAGACAUACAUCAAAGGAAGUAGAAUUUUGAGUCAUGGUGGUCAUGUGGAGAAGAUGGUCUUUGUUGUGCGUGGAAAAUUGGAGAGUAUUGGAGAAAAUGGAAUGGGAGUUCCCUUAUCUGAAGGGGAUGCUUGUGGUGAAGAACUUCUGACAUGGUAUCUUGAACAUUCUUCUGUAAGCACAGAUGGUAAAAAAGUAAGGCUUCCAAGGCAGAGGUUGCUGAGCAACAGGACAGUAAGGUGCCUAACAAAUGUAGAGGCAUUUUCACUCCGAGCUGCAGACCUUGAAGAACUCACAACCCUUUUCACAAGAUUCUUGCGGAGCCCUCAUGUUCAAGGAGCUCUAAGGUAUGAAUCACAUUAUUGGAGAUCCCUUGCAGCAAACCGAAUUCAGGUUGCAUGGAGAUACAGGAAGAAGUGUCUAAGUCGUGCUAAUACCUCACAAUCAGUUCAAACAUUGAGUCGUAGGGUAUACUGUAAUAUAUGA